AUGCAGCCCACGACGCUCGAGCCCACGCCUUUGUCCAGUGACAAUGGCCCCUUGAAGUCUGCGUUCGGAGAGAUCGUGCACCGCGGCUGGCUCAACCUCAAGACCCGCAGUCUAGUGAACGUGCGGCCACGUCACAUGCGGUACUGCAUCUUGACGCGGGAUACGCUGCAGCUAUGUACGUUCAAGUUCCAGCCCAGUACGGGCGACCUCCAGUCUGGACUUGUCAAGCCGUUGCGAAGUUACGAGGCGCUCGGCGUGGCGCCGUGGGAUGGUCGGCGCUUUGCUUUUCUCGUGAGUGUCAAGCAAGUGGACGACAACGCGGACAAAGUGCUGGAAAUUGAUGGCCCGAAUGCUACAGCCGCUAGUGAUUGGAUCCACCACUUGAGAGUGUUGACGAGUCGGGAAGAAGGCUGGCCGGUGAAGGCGUCGUUGACGUUAAGAAAGGUGAGUGACCAGGAUUUUUUGUCGGACUCUCCGUCGCAUGCUGUCAGUACGGCUGCUGCGAACGACAAGAAGGAAACCAACUUGUGGAUCAAAGGAGCGUCGGUGCACCGAGGACUACUGAAUGCUUCUGGCGAGAACAACUGCUUUUUGAAUGUGGUGAUCCAGAGCUUUUGGCACUUGACGUCCAUGCGGCACUUUUUGUUGCACGUGGAAGUGAAAGAAGAAUCUCGUUCCGUUGAGUCUAACGUGCUGCGUGCACUGAAGUCAAUGAUAACAGAAUACGACGACACGUCUAGUGGGGUGCUGCACUCGCGCGCGGUUCGAAAAGGGUUGAGCGUGCUGUACUCGGCAGACAAGAAUUUCCAAGAAGGGGCAAUGUACGAUGCAGAGGAGACGCUUCUUGCUCUGCUCAACUUGAUGCAUCAGCAAACGGAAUCGACGGAGAUUCAAGAGACGCACAAGACGACAAUGAUGGUGAGUUCUUUGGUUCGACUUGUGAGUGCUGACGUAGACGAGGAGAAUUGUCAAGCAGUCUUUGACAGCAACAGCAUCCCGCAUCUGGUCUUUUCACACCAGAUCUACGACCGCUACGUGUGCGGGUGUUGCAACUAUAGCUCACCAUGGGACUUGUACUCGAAUCUCGUGUACUCGACGUACGCGAGCGACUUGUACACAAGCAAGUACGAAUUUAUGGAGCAGAUGUUUCGUCGAUUCACAGCGCAGGAGACAGACGUUGCGUCAAAGUGCAAGCAACAGGGAUGUGGCGGCCAGCUCGGCAAGGAGCGGGUCAUUCGUCGCUUUCCCAUGGUAUUUGCAGUCUCAAUACUUUGGGCAACUCAGAGCGCAACAAAGGCACAAGUAGAAGGCGUGUUGAACAACAUUGGCGAUCGCUUGGAUUUGGCCAAGUGCUUUAACGCUGCUGGACCUGUCUUUCGUUUCAAAGGCGGUGGCUUUCGUACAACAUAUCGCUUGCGUGGUUUCGUUUGCUACUAUGGGCGUCAUUACGUGGCUCUCUUCUACAGCACUGCGCACAAGAUGUGGUUGCUUUUUGACGACUCGCGAGUGCUUGAGAUAGGGUCAUGGGACGACGUCGUCAGUGAGUGUCUGAAGGGACGAUUCCAACCAGUUUUGCUGUUCUACGAGCUUCCAGAUCAAAGACGAGACUCGUCGGUAGGCCUUUUUGCAAGUCAUGGGCCGCUGAAUGUGAAUGCACCGAAGAGCUUGUCGGUCGGGUCUCAGUCGGAGGAAACGCUGCCGCUGUGUAUCAAGGAAGAACCUACCGAUAUAGAGCGACCGUCUUUGCGGCGGCAGACUGGCGUAGAACUUCACAGCAUGGACGAAGAAGCACUGGUCUCGAUCAAGCACGGCGUGAACAGCAUGACAGAGUUGGAAUCGAAUCCCGACUUUGAAUUGAAAGCGCUGAGCCUUCGUGACUCCAUCAUGCAGAACAUAACGCCGGUCUCAGCGGCCAUUGCAAUGUGCCCUCGUUCCAUUUCCAUGAACGCUCCCCUCGGAGUGGAUGAGUAUGAUGUGCGCUUUGGGGAUUCCCUCCUGCUUGGGAUGUACCUGGAAAAGAUUGACAACGAGUUGUGCGUGACCACAUUCCCGCGUGGGGUAAACGGGGGUAUGUUUGGCGCCGAGAAGUGCGGCCAGAUCAGUCUUUUUGACACCAUCCUGCAGGCAAAUGGCCACCCGCUUCAACACUACCAGGUCGAUCGCGCUCUCAAGAUGAUCAAAGCUCAAAAGCGUCCGCUGGUGAUCCGCUUUCGCAGGUCCAAGCGUGUGCAACAGCUACUUGACAUGGGCUUCUCGCGCGAGCUUGCGACCGAGGCAUUACGGAGGAGGAGUGGGGACGUACAAGCGGCUGCCAAUUACUGCUUUGAGUCAAAGGGUUAG